GGAAAUUUUAGUCGCCAUAUUUGUUUUCUGUUGAAAGUGUAGUGAGAGUGCGAAAAAAUCUGCAUAUACUUUCUACGUGUGUUAUAUAAGGAGAUUGACAGUGUAAUCAACAAAUGCUGCAGGAAACAUAAUUUGAGAAUUUACAGUCGAAGAACGAUUUCUGUGUCGAAGACAUAGUACGUCAACUAUUUCAAGAGAAGACAACCUCAAGCCCGAUCAGUGAACACGACCAGCUGACGAUAGUAUGGCCGUUGUACCGAUCUAUAAUUUUUGAUAUGGUUUUACAUUUGUCCGAACCCAUCUCAAGGAUCAACAAUUUUUAGCCAAAAGUAAUCGGGGAAAAUAUGUAAGAAAUAAUGACCAGCUAGUACAUAUUUCACCAGUUUUGGACUGUUUUGUUUUUGAUUUUUUUUUAUUUUGCAAAUAUAAAUAUAAUUAUGAGUACAUGACUGUGGCAAAAUAAGUGAGCGAGGAUUAUCCUCUUAGGAUAAGUGCCACGGCAUUUGUCUUUGCGUGGUAUGGUUGAUAACAUUUGAAGUUUAUUGAUUGGUGAGUGUUGAAAUCCCCGAGUGCGUGUGUUGUUUACAAAACUGAUCACAUUGUGCAAGUGCCUUAAAGGUUGGAACUUUCAUGAAAUAUUUGGAAGUGCAUCGUAGAAUAAAGAGAGGGUUUGCCGAUUAUUGUGGACUCAGUUUACAUCAAAGACCAUUCAUCAUGAUGAUGUGAUGGCAGCACAUAACGCUCCAAAGCACGACUUUGCACCAGCCUGGCUCAAGAUUCCAUCACAGGAGAAUCCUAAGCCAGCGGGGUCUAAAACAAUUGAGAGUGAUAAAUCUGCAAGACUACGUCCAAAUUAUUACAAUAGACAUCCCAACUACGCAGAACUUCAUCGACAAAACUCAUUUGAAAACUACUAUGAUGGUAAAAGACGCGGCCCCCCUAGACACCACUCUGUAGAUGACGAAUACUACCCCUACCCUCCCUAUGGCCAUUAUGGGUAUUACAAUGGCUAUAACAUGCACUACAAUUCCAAUCCAUCCAUAUUCAGGUCACCCCCAAACCGGGACGCCAAAUAUCCCCAGCACCCCAACAUGCGAUAUAAUCAGAUGAAUGGUGCCUAUCCAGGAUACUAUGAUCUCUAUGCUGGUCCAUUUGAUUACUAUGGAGAACAGCCAUUCUUUAGUAGUUAUCCCAGCAACAGAAACUCCAAGAAAAAUCAUUAUGAAAAAGAAGGAAGGUCAAAUUCUAAGGAGGGAAAGGAAAAAGAUAACAGUGAGAGGUCAAAGAUGAAGGAAGAUGAUGACGGAGAAAAACCCACAUUUCAGGAAGAUUUUCCCUCACUUAAUGGGGAUGAAAAUAGUGAGAAAACCAGCAAAACGUCAAAUGGUGGAAGUGUAUGGGAACAUCCUCCGCAUGGGAAAAACAGUGCUUCUAAAUUUGGAGAGCGUGGACCAUCAUCUAACAUUUAUAAAUCAUUAGUGCCAAAUAAGCUCCAGGGUUCUGUGAAUAGAAAACCAAAGGAGAAUGUCCGCUUUAAUGGGGGAUUUCCAAGUAGCAGCAAACCACUCACCCCUCCUGGAAUGAACCCGAGUAAAGAGGGAUCACAGCAGUCUCCAACUCCUCCCAUGGAGAUUCUGAAUACCCGCCUUGUCACGCAGCCCAGGAAUCUCGGGGACAAGAAAAGUGAAUUUCUACGAGCUCUGCGACGAGAAAAUUCAGGGUAUUCACCAGAUGAUACACAAAGAGCUGGAAGAAAGGGUGAGGGCUUGGACACCAUUACAAAUGGCAUCAGCGGACUAGAAAUGAGUGACAACCAAGAGAAUUUCCUGUCUAGUUCUUUGGAGGCUGAGCAAAGGUUGCUGAAGGAAAUGGGAUGGACUGAGAGUGAUGAAGAGGAUUAUGUGAUUACUGAAGAUGAGAAAAAAGAGUUUCAGGACAGAUGCUCAAAACAGACCACAAUUCAGAAGAAUAGUGGCAGAUUACAGAAAGCCCUCAGCCCAAAGCAUGUUCCAAUAUAUCAGCCCAAUGUUCUGGAACUCAAUGACACUAUCUCCUCAUCAGAUUCUGACACGGACGACAACGCAUGAUAACAGAUCCUUCCAGCUCAUCAUCAUUUCACAUAUCUAGUUGUGCCACAAAUCAUGCACUGGGUGCAUCGUCUGCUAGACUGUCUCUGCUAGUCCAGUGAAUUAUCUACCUUUGGAGGAUUUUUUUUCUGUAGAUAAAAACUAAAACAAGCUGCAUUUGCUAUUAUAGCAAGGUUAUUAUCUUUUAUCAUUGAUUUAUAUUACCCACAUGAAAGGGUUCAUUUGCUAAGACAGAAAAAAAAUGAUUAAAUUGAUUUGAAGAGUAGUAUCAAUUGUUUCUUUGAUUUGGUGGGGUCUUAUAGAGCUCAGUUAUGAUAAAAAAAUUGUAUUUCUUGAGCAUAUCAUUUAUAGUUGAAUCUAAUUGGUUACAGUUUUGUAUGAUAUUUUCGGUCAUUGGCUCAUUCUUUUGGAAUGUGUAGCAAGUUUUGGGAUAAAGUAUUAAAAUAUAUCUAAUGAUUAUGUUUGGCUUUUGUACAAUGCAUAUUCCAAUUAUUUUAAACCUUGCUUUUCAUAUGUAAAUAUAUAUAUGUACGUGGAGUUUUCUUUUUCAAACUUUCACAUGUAUUUUUGUGUACACAAUAAGAGAAAAUCUUGCAGAAUUUCUAAAAAAAAAUAUUUUAAGAUAACUUCUAAGUCAAAAGGAUUUCAUUAUCACUUUGCUCAAAUACAUAUAUAAAAGCACAUUGAUUAUAAUUUUGCAUGAAUUGUCACAGUGAUUGUUUUCAGCUUUAAGAGGUACUGAAAAUGUAAUCAGUGAGUGCUCAAAUUAUACAAAUUCAUAUGUACACUGUAUUUUGCAUGAUGUAAAAAAUUGAAAAUGUUUAGAUGAAAAAGAUGUAUUUUAAUUGUAUGAUUUAUUGAAAUUUGUGAAAAGGAAGAAGUGUGUCCCCUUUGAAAUGUGGCUGAAAGGAUUAUUAUCAAAAAAAAAAUUUAGUGUUUGAAAAUACUAUUCUUCUCCUACAAAUUGCAAUUAUUAAAAAUAAAUGUGAUGAUAAAGGUUUUCUAUUCUUCGACCCCAUGAAGAAUUGUAAAUUAAUGUGAUUGACUUCAUUGAGCAAGAAUUGUAAUCGUUAAAGUCACAAAUUAUUUUAAUGACGUGUGAAAUAGUACAAGUGGUAUAUUUCUCUGAAAUGGUUGGGAGGUUUGUGUACCAUGCUGAUAUUGCAUACAGGAGACAGAACUUUAUAAGAGACAGAAACAGUACAAUACAUGUUAGUGGUCAACAGCUAGGCCUUAAGCAUUAGUUCUUUUUUACCAGGGUCCUUGUAAUUUAUGUGUGGAGUAAGUUUUUCCCCAGAGUUGUUUGUGUAAAGACUUCAUAGAGUUUAAUAAUUGUUACUUCUGCAUAUCUGAUUGUUAAAGUUUUGAAAGAAAGAUUAUUUUUGUAGCAAAACAUUGUUAGAAGGAGUAGUAAGAUGACUCUUAUUCAGUUUAUUGAAAUGGCAAAAGUUUCAGAAUUUUGUAGAAGUUUGGAUUUUAUACAGCUGGAAAGGUACAACCACAGUAUUAAUGUAUAUAUUUUAUCUUUACCAUGGUAGAUGAAUGCAAUAUUUAAUGAACUGAAAAUAUUCUUUCAUACAUUUGCAGAAUAUGGCAGCAGUAUAUGAUUUGGAAAAAAACCCCACACAAUUCACAGGUUAAAAUAAAAACGGUCUUUAAUUUUCUUUGAAUGCACAUAUCCCAAGCAGAAAAUUGAGUAAUUUCCAUUUAUUUGAAGAAAAUAGUUAUUUAUUUGAAUGUUUUUCUUUAAUAUGUGAAAAGCUUGAAAUUUAGACAGAAAUAUUCUUAAUUGGGAAAGAUUUUGUCAUAAGUGCACAACUUUAUCUUAAUUUUUUUACCUUAAAAUUUGUAGUACCCUGUUGAGUCUAUAGUUAUUUUUUUAACAGAUCAAUUGUGUAGUAUCUGUAUUUCAUAAAAUAACUGACUUUUUUCCCAACCAGAAAUAGUAAAGUUUUGAAUUUAAGUAUGACCUCACCAAAUAAGAUAUAAAAUGCUAUGCAAGUGAUAGGGCAUUGAUAAUUUAGCAAGUGUUGUUUAAUUCCAUGAGUAAUUUUUUAAUACUUAUUUGAAAAUCACUUCAGAUUUGCAAUGAAACACUCGAUAAUACCAUGUUUUAAGUUCUAAAGGUAUGGGGCAACUAUAAAUUGUAUGAUGGCUGUUACAGUGAUUGUUAUGUUUUUGUUCAGAAUGGAAUCACUUCCAUAUUAACAAUAAUUGAAGUUUUUGAUACUAUCAGAGAGUUUCAAUAUUUUCUACCCUAAGUCGGCUGGGAACGUUUUUGAUGGCUGAAUCAUGUAUAAAAUUCUUAAGAUGUCUAAAAUUUCUUUUGAAGCACAUUUCUAUGUAUUCUUGUUGGGUACCUCUUAAUUCCCAUAUGCAUAACCAUUUGAUUUUUUUUUUCACUGACCAGUUUCUGUUAGUUACUGCUGACCUGAGUUCUUUGUGACAUGAUAUCUUUAAUGUUUCCUUUUUUUUAAGUACUUCCUAACGUGUUACUGGAAUACUGUAAUGCAGUGAACACCUGAACCAAUAUUCAUCAGAAGUUUCAGGUGCCCAUGUGUUUUGGAAUAUUUUGUGAAAUUGAUUGAUAAAUACUAAUUAAAAAAUGUCACCUGAUUAGUAUUUCAUAUUGGACCAAAAGUCAACCUUGUCAUAACAACUAUCUGCUUAGCACAAAUGUUUUGUUUUCCGGAACUAAAGUAUACAAGCUAGAGAUCUGAAGCUAUAUUAUUCCGUUUUGUUUCUUCUUACUUCUGUUUUUAAAAAUAUUAGUUGAUCAGUUCAAGACCAUGUCAGUGUGGUACAGAAAUUGAAUGAUUUUGUAUAUUUUGAGCGUUGAUUGAUGGUUGGAUUUAAUUGGUUCAUUUAGUUUUAAUAUUUUUAACAAUAGGGUUAAAUCCUUUUGUAAUAAAAUCACAUUUUUCUGUGGGACAUCCCUUGGCCAAGAGCCGGAGCAUUUUCUUUACUACCCAUUAACAGACACUUUGUACAUCCAGUUGAAAGAUGUUUAUACAGGUUUUAUUUUUGCUUCACUGCAGCUAUUUCGUAUGGAAAUAAAAGACUGCAAUUUGCA